GGUUCAAUGAUUCAAUUUUUCUUGAUAGAACUUUAAAAAUGAAACUUUUGAAUACUUCUACAGGAUUGGAAAAUAAUGAGAUAGAAGAGAACACCAUAAAAGAUACAUACCGUUUGCCUUGGAUUGACAUCCUUUGGGUGAAGUGUUGAACUUCAAGCUUCAAAUUGUAAAUUUAAGAAAUUUUAAUUGGAAGUAUGUAUUCCACCGCUCAUUUGAUUAUGGCAAAUGCAGUACUGAAGAUGCCUGAAAACCCAUAAUUGGAAUCUCUUUUAGAGAAACUGGUAAUGAAUGAAAAUAUUGAAAUCAUUUUCAAAUUUGACUUCACAUUUGAGAUGGGAUUUGCUAUGUUGUGUUAAGCAGCUUUGAUUUAGACCUCAUUCCUAGUUGCUAUCAUUACUAGUUUAAUAAUGAUUGACAAAUUCUUGGGAACUAUUUCAUGGGUCUUUUCUUUAUGACAUAAGCAACUUGAAAUAUCAUUUGUAGCUGACGAUAGAUCCUUUCUUAGGGUUCAAAAUUUUGAGUUUUCUGUUUGCCAGAAUGCAUGUUGUGAAUGGCUUCAAGCAAUCUCCAGUGUGAGAUGUUGUCAAGUGACAGAUAGGAGAGAUUAUUCAAGAUUUAGGUAAAGAACCAAGAAUGCUAGAUCUAUUCCAUAUGAUAAUUGUGUUUUAGGCUGCAAUUACUUAUAUCCAAAUGUGAUUGGAUUCAUGCAGCUUACAACUUAAAUUUCCAUGAAGGAAAUUUCCAUGAAGGUAUAAAUAUAUGAGCUCUGCUUUCGAUUAUUAGAUACAGAUUUUGUGUUGAAGACAGUUUACUUCAACUUCUUUUAGUAUGCUGUUUUGGACUUUGGCUGGUAGUAUCUUGCUUUUUCUAAACUUAGAAUGCCUGAAGUUGUUGAGCUAGCAUUUGAUCAUGUCUCAUUUUUAUCUUGCUUUUUGUUUUGGGGUUUUAUAAAUGAAAAGAAAACUUGAAA